AUGUCAGUUCAUACAAUCGUAGAAAUAUGUAUACUAUUAUAUAAUAUAUUGAGCGCUUAUAUCGAGUGUUUGAUUAAUAUAUUCAGAAAUGUGCCAAAAAAGGAUAUCAGAGAUCAUGUGGUAGUGAUUACGGGUGCUGGACAUGGGUUGGGCGCUGAGAUCGCUAAAUUAUUUGCCAAACUGGGGGCUCGACUCGCCUUAAUUGAUAUUAACAAGACAAAUAAUGAAAGGAUUGUGGAAGAGAUCAAAGAUAUAACUGGAAGUAAACAUGUGUUCGGCUAUUGUUGUGAUAUAACUAAUGAGGAAGCGGUGGCACAAGUGGUUCAACAAAUUCAGCGCGAUUUAGGAGAUGUCGAUAUUCUUAUAAACAACGCAGGAAUAGUACAGUGUUUACCGUUUGAAUCGCUUUCUACCAAAAACAUUAAGAAAACGUUUGAAGUGAACACUUUUGCCCACUUUUAUCUGAUUGGCCAUUAUUUGCCCAAAAUGGUGAGCCGUGGUGUCGGACAUAUAGUGGCCAUCUCUUCAAUCGCUGGCCUCAUAGGGACCGCACAUCUCGUCGACUAUUGCGCUUCAAAGUUUGCGAUCAUAGGACUAAUGGAAGCGUUGGAAAUGGAGUUAAGACAGAAUGAGAUUAACGAUGGCAUCAAAUUAACCACAAUAUGUCCGCUCGCUAUGACUACCGGCAUGUUUAAGAAACCCAGAUCUAGAUUCAAUUGGAUAUUCCCUGUAAUCGAUGCUAAAUAUGUGGCCAAAGAGACGGUUAAUGCAAUACUAAGAAACCAAACACUGAUUACAGUACCGAAGAAUGCCUUAUAUUUCUAUGGACUCGGAAAGAUCGUUCCCUUGAAGGCCAAGUUAGCAAUGCAACAGUUCUUUAGCUAUGGAGUCGAUGCCCAUCAGUAGAAUAUAGUAAAUCAUGCCAUUUGGUUGCAAA